AUGGCGGAUCCGAAGAAUGAAGGUUUCCUCACCUACGCUUAUCUUCUUCUCUACAUUGCUCUCUCCAGCGGUCAAAUCUUCUUCAACAAAGUCAGUUAUCAUCAUUCUUCUCGAUUUUCUAUGAUAUGCUUGUUUUCCGUUAAUUCGCGCGAAAUUGGAAUGCUAGAAAGUAUAUUAACAUGUUUCGAAAGAGGUUUUGUGUUGAUUUGUAAGUGGGUUUUGUCCUCUAAGGAAAUUAACUUUCCUUAUCCUUUGGCGUUGACUCUACUUCACAUGGUCUUCUCCUCUGUUGUGUGUUUUGUAUUAACCAAAGUUCUAAAGGUUUUGAAGGUUGAAGAGGGAAUGACUCCUGAAAUAUAUGCUAGUUCAGUUGUGCCGAUUGGGGCCAUGUUUGCAAUGACUCUUUGGCUUGGAAAUACUGCCUACCUGUAUAUUUCCGUGGCAUUUGCACAAAUGCUGAAGGCAAUUAUGCCUGUGGCUGUUUUUGUGCUUGGAGUAGCUGUGGGACUCGAGGUGAUGAGCUGCAAAAUGCUUUUGAUCAUGUCAUUGAUUAGUUUUGGUGUUCUAGUAGCUUCAUAUGGUGAGAUAAAUAUAAACUGGGUUGGAGUAGUUUACCAAAUGGGAGGUGUUGUUGGUGAAGCGCUAAGACUUAUCUUCAUGGAAAUUUUUGUUAAGAGGAAAGGUCUUAAGUUGAAUCCUAUAUCUGUGAUGUAUUAUGUUAGUCCCUGCAGUGCACUCUGCUUAUUCCUCCCAUGGAUAUUUUUAGAGAGAUCAAAGAUGGACGACCAUGGAACAUGGAACUUCCCUCCUGUUCUGCUUAUCCUCAAUUGCCUUUGUACAUUUGCUUUAAACUUGUCCGUUUUCCUUGUGAUUACACAUACGAGUGCUUUAACCAUUCGUGUUGCUGGAGUUGUUAAGGAUUGGGUGGUUGUUUUACUCUCUGCUGCUCUGUUUGCCGACACAAAGUUAACGACCAUCAAUUUGUUUGGUUAUGGAAUCGCCAUUGCAGGUGUAGCAGCAUAUAAUAAUUUCAAGUUGAAAAAGGAAGCUUCUCGAGACCCAUUAGAAGCUCCCGCGGCUGAAGAACCUCCCCAAAGGCAGGAGUCUCGGCCUUUAAUAAGUAGAUAG